UCACUUUUGAUUAUUUGUCUAGUAGACACCAGUCUUUCUUCACUGUGUGUGGAAUUGCAACGAAAAGCCAUAGCACCUUCACUUCUCCUUUUCCCUCACCUCCUCUCUCAUAUUAUUUCGGUUGUGACGUCUGCCAAUUGAAAUCACCUGGCAUCCAUCUCUACAAGGGCAUCUUUUCAACUUCUCCUUGUCUUACUUUAUAUCUGGACACUUGACUCCAAUUGCAUCGUACAUGCCACAGCAGCCUUUCCGGCAUACAGUCUUCCACAGCUUCCAAUCCCGCAAACACUCUCCUCACACAACCACCGGCACAAUGGCGUCCACAGAAGCUAUCCUCCAGGGCGUCACCGUCCUCGGCAAGGUUGACGAGUCUCACCGCAAGAUCCUGACUCCUCCGGCCCUGGCCUUCCUUGCUCUCUUACAUCGCUCUUUCAACGCUACCCGCAAGAAUCUCCUUGAGCGCCGCAAGCUGCGCCAGGCCGAGCUGGACCGCGGCCUUCUCCCCGAUUUCUUGCCCGAGACUAAGCACAUCCGUGAGAAUCCCACAUGGAAGGGUGCGCCCCCUGCGCCUGGUCUGGUCGACCGACGCGUUGAGAUCACUGGCCCAACUGAUCGCAAGAUGGUUGUGAACGCCUUGAACUCUGAUGUCUGGACGUACAUGGCUGAUUUCGAAGACUCCAGUGCCCCUACAUGGGACAACAUGAUCAAUGGCCAAGUCAACCUGUACGACGCUGUCCGUCGCCAAGUUGACUUCAAGCAGGGCGCCAAGGAGUACAAGCUUCGCACUGAUGCCAAGCUGCCCACUCUGAUUGUUCGCCCCCGAGGCUGGCACCUCGAGGAGAAGCACUUCCUUGUUGACGGCGAGCCCAUCUCCGGCAGUCUCUUUGAUUUCGGCCUGUACUUCUUCCACAACGCCGUCGAGGCCCAGAAGAAGGGCUUUGGGCCUUACUUUUACCUGCCCAAGAUGGAGAGCCACCUUGAGGCUCGUCUGUGGAACGACGCCUUCAACCUGGCCCAGGACCACAUUGCCAUCCCUCGUGGCACCAUCCGAGGAACCGUCUUGAUCGAGACCAUCCUCGCGGCGUUUGAGAUGGACGAGAUCAUCUACGAGCUCCGCGACCACAGCUCCGGCCUCAACUGCGGCCGAUGGGACUACAUCUUCAGCACCAUCAAGAAGUUCCGCAACAACGCAAACUUUGUCCUGCCAGACCGAUCCGCCGUCACAAUGACCGUCCCCUUCAUGGACGCCUACGUCAAGCUCCUCAUCCAGACCUGCCAUAAGCGCGGCGUCCACGCCAUGGGCGGCAUGGCUGCCCAGAUCCCCAUCAAGGACGACAAGGAGGCCAACGACAAGGCCAUGGAGAACGUCCGUGCCGACAAGCUGCGCGAGGUCCGAGCCGGCCACGACGGCACGUGGGUUGCUCACCCUGCCCUCGCCAGCAUUGCCACCGAAAUCUUCAACAAGCACAUGCCUACUCCCAACCAGCUGUUUGUCCGUCGGGAGGAAGUCAAGAUUGGCCAGAAUGACUUGCUCAACAUGAACGUCCCCGGAAGCAUCACCGAGGAGGGCAUCAAGAAGAAUCUGAACAUUGGUCUGGGCUACAUGGAGGCCUGGAUCCGAGGAGUGGGCUGCGUUCCCAUCAACUAUCUGAUGGAGGAUGCUGCCACCGCCGAAGUUUCUCGAAGCCAGCUGUGGCAAUGGGUCAAACACGGCGUCUCUACCGCCGAAGGCAAGCGUGUCGACAAGGCCUAUGCCCUCAAGCUCCUGCAUGAGUGUGCCGAUGGCCUGGCCUCAAAGGCUCCCCAGGGAAACAAAUUCCAUCUUGCUGCGCAGUACUUUGCCGGACAGGUCACUGGCGAAGAUUAUGCUGAUUUCUUGACAACUCUUCUUUAUGAUGAGAUUACGAAGCCUGGAUCUCCCGCUCCGGCCUCAAAGCUGUAAAUGUCGAGGCGAGUAGCAAAAAAAAAAAAAGGCUAUGAGUGUAAAACUAUAUGACGAGAUGAAGGGGAAGAAAAGAUUGUCUUAUAUCGAUAUCAUUGGCGAAAUUGGAUGAGGUUACCUAUUCAUGGUACCUAUUGUUUCUCUGUAUAACAUGGAGUUUUAUCGGAAAGUAGUAUAGCAGCAACAAAAUCAUUAAUGAAUAUUUUAUGCUUUGAUAACCUUUAUUAUUCCUCUUCUACAAAAGAAAUUUGAAUUACUAGUCUGUAAGCCCUAGGUAAUGGAUAUCGAGGCAAGGUACUCGAGUAAUGUGUUCCUAUAGAGUGUGAGUUGUUCCCGAAAAAGACAAACAAAUUGCCCAACUUGUGACGAGUAUGAGUAUCAAGACCAUAGUCCGAUCUCAUACAUUAUAAGGGUAGAUAGCUUGUCUCAAUUUACCAAAAGCAAAAAGAAAAAAAAAAAAGCUAGUCCAAAUGCUCCGGAAGUGGUGAAGUAAAGAUACGCAGUCCGUGUGCCCCGAUCCCCCAUACCGACGGUCCCGAACCCGAUGUCGGAUGCCCGUAGGUAUUCGGGCGACCACCGGUCCGGCAUAACGAGAUACUCGACGGGGCCUUGGGCAAAGAUUUAGUCGAGAUACGUGCACCCCAUAUCGCUGGGUGCCUGGUCUAACCCGUCCUACAUGGAGCUAAAGAGUUCGUCAAUGCGAAAUUUAGAUGAUUUGCUUGGAGCAAUUACCAGUACGAAGAGUUCCCCGAAUACUAGCAUUCGGCCAAGGCAUCUUUUCCUCUUCUCCCGCGUCGUCCGGGCUGCGGCAAGAUGCCCGCUUCAUUUAACUAUGAAAGCGGAAAAGCCGCCGCGCCACAGCUAUCGUUUGGGUCUGUAUACAAGCCUCGGCUAGCAUAUUUCGCACCGCGUUAGUGGCUGUCUCGUAGUUUGUAGUUCUGUUCUAGAAUCAGGUGAAGUG